CAAAUUUUAUGGUAGGCCAGUUGGCUCAUGUCAGCAAUAAAGUGUCCAAACAAAAUUUUAGGAAGUUUUUCCAUAAAAAUCAAUAUAAUCCUGUAAAAUGAACAGAUUAAUGGCAACAAAAAAGUCUACACCAAAAGCUAGCCCCAUCGUUGUUCAAUCAGGUGACAAACGACCCAGAAGAGAGAAAAAUGUAAAUCCUCCUGUUACAAAAAAGUACAAAUCGUCCAGAAGCAACACUUCGAAAGUGAAAAAAGUGGCCAAAAACGCCAAGCUUAUGAACGAAUGGGCUGAAAAUGAAUCCAGUAAAGCUGAAAUCUGUGAAAGGCCCAGACAAACAAGAAAUGUAAAGAAAACUGUGUCAACUGAAUCUGUGAUAUAUGUUGGUAGCUACAAAACAUGUGAUUCCCAAAGAAGCCCUGUUCCUGUGAUAGACUUGACUGAAAGCGCAGAUCAUAUAACCAUGAAUAAGGAGAAUUUUUCUUCAAAAAAGCUAAAAACCCUUUACUUCCCUGAAAGAAAUUUUGUACGAGUUUCUAGACUUAAUAAACGUUCAAUGACAACUUCCCUCAUCACAAUCCCAGUAACUAAAAAAACUGAAAUACCUGCGAAGCACCCUAGUACAACCGAGCUAACAAAUAAAAUAAAACUGGCUGUUCUGGAUAUUCCGGCUCAAAAUCUGGAACAUUCCGACAUAAAUCUCUGUAGGAAGGGUCGUGCUGCCUUAGAAAAGGCAAAUCUAACAGAAAGUGAUUAUGAAAUGAUAGACUGGAUCAUUGAAAAUGAUCAGAAUAUAUUGAACCGAGAUGUUGACAUGGGGUACCCUCUGUCACCAUCAACUUCCCCGUAUGAUUCUUCUGUAAAUACAGGAAUGUCUCUUGAUGAAUUUGUAAAAAUGUAUGAUACUACUUCUGACAGUGAAAAUUAGUUCCUUCAUUUCUAUUGCUAUACUUAGUUGAAAUUUUAGUUGUACCAUAGUCCUUUGUUAUAUUAACAUCGUUUUUGUACUUAUAUUGAUGAGACCAGAAGAAUUGGUCGUUUUCUUAUGCCGUCUCAUUAAAUUUUAGUGAAACAAUGAUAA